UUUGAUUUUAAUCUUAAGGUUUGUUCGUCAAUCAAGCUAAGAGAAAACAAUGUUGGACUUAUAGAAAUCGAACAUAAUUUCGCUAAUUUAUUUUUGGGAAUUUUGGGGGAAAUUAGAAGUCAUUACCCAUCAUCUAUAGAUUGCGUACCAUGUGUUCGAUGUAAUGAUUGAAAGAGAUUAAUUUCUGGUGAUUGCUAUGUUUUAGAGGCAGUGGAACCUGAACUUGGGAAGAUUUUGAAAAUUCUGGCGACUUGAUUCAAUGGAGGAAGACGAGCAUCAGCUUUUGUUGAGUAGCUUAGGUGUUACUUCAGCCAACCCUGAAGAUUUAGAACAGACCAUACUCGAUGAGGCGACGAAGAAACCAGAUCACGAUGAAGGUGGGAGUGUAGAGGAGCAGUCUGUUCAGCUUCCAUCCAGCCAGAGCGAGCUUUUGAAUAAAUUGAGAGCUGUAAAGUUUGAAAUAGAUGCUGUUGCUUCAACUGUUGGGCAUGUGGAUGAGAUUGCAGCUGAAGAUGGUUUACAGAAAGAUGAUGAAUCAGAUGUUCAGGGGUUGCAUAGUAGCUCUGUGCUACAGCAUGCACUUGCCACAGACCGUCUAAGAAGUCUUGAGAAGAGAAAAAUUCAACUAGAAAAGGAACUCACUGCUCUACAUGGUCAGAGUGCGUCUACUAGUGCUGAUCGCGAUAAGCUACUGCGAGAACUGGUGAAGGAGAAGAGGCCUAGUCACAAGAGGAAAUUGAAAGAGAUUCGUAAACCAAGCAGAAGAGAAGGGAAGAAGGUGAAAGUAGUCUCAUUUCGUGAGGACACAGAUUUUGAUGCUGUUUUCGAUGCUGCUUCAGCAGGUUUUGUUGAAACGGAAAGAGAUGAAUUGGUGAGAAAAGGAAUAUUAACUCCUUUUCACAAGCUCGACGGUUUCGAACGCAGACUUCAACAGCCUGGACCGUCAAACUCGCGCAACCUGCCUGAAGGAGACCACGGAAAUGAGGACUCCGUAAGUAUUGAUAGAGUUGUCCAAUCAAUUUCGCUGGCUGCAAAGGCUCGCCCUACAACCAAGCUACUUGAUGCAGAAGACUUGCCAAAGCUUGAACCAAACCCUGCUCCUUUUAAAAGGCUAAGAAAGCUUUACAAGACUCAUGAUUCUUCGGAUAAUGAAGUAAAUAAAAGUAAAGCUGGGAAGAAGAGCAAAAAGAAGAGGCCUCUGCCUGAAAGGAAAUGGAGUAAGCGAAUCUCUCGUGAAGACUCUAGUCUUCAAGAAAGUGAAGAUGGAAGGAGAAUCUUGGCCACUUCCAGUGGUGAGGAAGAAGAGCUAGAUGAUUUAGAUGAUGCAGAUGACAACGAAACAUCUCCUGUACAGCUUGAAGGUGGAUUAAACAUUCCCGAAUUCAUAUUUCGCAAACUUUUUGAGUACCAAAGAGUAGGGGUGCAAUGGCUUUGGGAACUUCAUUGCCAAAGGGCUGGUGGCAUCAUCGGGGACGAGAUGGGUCUUGGUAAAACUGUGCAGGUCUUAUCUUUUCUCGGAUCCUUGCAUUUCAGUAAGAUGUACAAACCGAGUAUUAUCAUAUGCCCUGUUACACUAUUGCGUCAGUGGAGAAGAGAAGCACAGAAAUGGUAUCCAGAUUUUCACGUGGAAUUACUCCAUGACUCAGCACAAGAUUCAGGGAAUGGCAAACGACAAGGCAAGGCCUCUGAAAGCGAUGACGACAGUGAGUGUUCAGUCGAUAGUGAUCAUGAGCAAAAGUCCAAGAAUACCAAGAAAUGGGAUUCUUUGAUAAACCGGGUUCUAAAUUCUGAGUCGGGGCUCCUCAUCACUACAUAUGAGCAAUUGAGGCUGCAAGGUGAGAAGCUGCUCAAUAUUGAAUGGGGUUAUGCAGUAUUGGACGAAGGCCAUCGGAUCCGGAACCCAAAUUCUGAUAUUACUUUGGUGUGCAAACAGUUACAGACUGUCCACCGAAUUAUUAUGACUGGGGCACCAAUCCAGAAUAAACUAACAGAACUCUGGUCCUUGUUCGAUUUUGUUUUCCCUGGAAAACUGGGUGUCCUGCCCGUGUUUGAAGCAGAGUUUUCUGUUCCCAUAACAGUGGGUGGCUAUGCCAAUGCUUCUCCCUUACAAGUGUCGACUGCCUAUAGGUGUGCUGUUGUUCUUCGUGAUAUGAUCAUGCCUUACCUCCUCCGCCGCAUGAAGGCUGAUGUGAACGCUCAUCUUACAAAAAAGACUGAACACGUUCUCUUUUGCAGCCUCACUAUAGAGCAGCGAUCUACCUAUAGGGCGUUCCUUGCAAGCUCCGAAGUAGAACAGAUUUUGGAUGGCAACAAGAAUUCACUUUAUGGUAUUGAUGUGAUGCGUAAGAUAUGCAACCACCCUGAUCUACUUGAGAGAGAACAUUCUUACCAGAACCCAGAUUAUGGGAACCCAGAACGCAGUGGGAAGAUGAAGGUUGUUGCAGAAGUGCUUAAGGUUUGGAAACAGCAAGGACACCGCGUACUUCUGUUUUCACAGACUCAGCAAAUGCUGGACAUCCUCGAGAGCUUCUUGGUUGCAAAUGAGUAUAGUUAUAGGAGGAUGGAUGGUCUUACACCAGUGAAACAGAGAAUGGCUUUAAUUGAUGAGUUUAAUAAUUCAGAUGAUGUAUUUGUUUUCGUUUUGACGACGAAGGUGGGUGGUUUGGGAACAAAUUUGACUGGCGCAAACAGGGUCAUCAUCUUUGACCCGGAUUGGAACCCCUCAAAUGAUAUGCAGGCUAGGGAACGUGCAUGGCGUAUUGGGCAGAAGAAGGAUGUUACCGUUUACAGAUUGAUCACACGAGGCACAAUUGAGGAGAAGGUAUAUCAUAGACAGAUUUAUAAACAUUUUCUCACCAAUAAGAUCUUGAAGAAUCCGCAACAGAGAAGAUUCUUCAAAGCUCGGGAUAUGAAAGAUCUUUUCAUCCUGAAAGAUGAUGGCGAUAGCAACGCCUCCACGGAAACCUCUAACAUCUUCAGUCAGCUGGCUGAAGAGAUAAACAUCGUAGGAGUUCAAUCAGAUAAGAAAACUGAAUCUACCACACAACUUGCUCUGCACAAUACUGCAGAGGGAUCCUCAGAGCAAGCAGAUGAGGAUACGACUAAUAAAACUGGUGAAGCCGUGGAUGAAGAGACAAAUAUCUUAAAGAGUCUCUUUGACGCACAUGGAAUACAUAGUGCUGUGAAUCACGACGCCAUUAUAAAUGCAAACGACGAGGAAGAGAAGAUGAGACUUGAACACCAAGCAUCUCAAGUGGCACGAAGAGCUGCAGAAGCAUUGCGCCAAUCACGAAUGUUGCGUAGCCGGGAAAGCAUCUCAGUGCCCACAUGGACGGGUAGAUCUGGUUGUGCAGGUGCACCAUCAUCUGUACGGAGGAGAUUUGGAUCAACUGUCAAUUCCCGGUUAACCCAGACUGGAGACAAACCAUCAGUGAUCAAGAAUGGAAUCAGUGCAGGUCUAUCUUCAGGAAAAGCACCAUCUUCUGCAGAGCUCCUCAACAGAAUCCGCGGGAGCAGAGAACAAGCCAUUGGCGUUGGCAAUGAGCAGCUACAGUCGUCAUUGCCGUCUUCUUCGGGUUCAAGCAGCAGAGUAGGUUCGUUGCAGCCCGAGGUACUGAUCAGACAGAUAUGCAGCUUUGUACAGCAAAAAGGUGGAAGUGCGGACACGACCAGCAUUGUCAACCACUUCAGGGAUAGCGUUUCUUAUGAUGACAGGCCGUUGUUUAAGAAUCUCUUGAGAGAGAUUGCCACGCUUGAGAAGGAUCAAAAUAGAUCGUUUUGGGUCCUCAAAUCAGAGUAUAAAGACUAAAAACAGAGGUUUUGGUUGUCUCUACUGAUCGAGUCUGAAGAUGGAAAAAGGCGAGAUUGACUCCACACAUAUUUGCCAAGUAUUCUCUUAUUCUUUAUAACCAAGCUCUUAGCUUUCUCCCAAUUUUUUUAACCAACAAAGUCACUUACACUUCAAAUUGUACUUUAAAGAAGGAAAAGCUUAGUAGAGUGAGCACAAUUAUGAAAAUCAUUAUUGACCAAUAACUCGAAAGGCAAACA